CCGUGACGUCGCUCGAGGCGGAGCCGAAGCCACCCUGCCCGCGGCACGUAGCUCAGGUUCUCCCGCUGCCGACGCGCGCCCUUACUUGCUUCCUCGGCUCCAGUCCUUGCCGUCCUACCGCCAUCAUGCCGAUGUUCGUCGUGAAUACCAACGUGCCCCGCGCCUCGGUGCCGGACGGACUCCUCUCCGAGCUAACCCAGCAGCUGGCGCAGGCCACCGGAAAGCCGGCCCAGUACAUCGCGGUGCACGUGGUCCCAGACCAGCUCAUGGCCUUCGGCGGCUCCAGCGAACCUUGCGCGCUCUGCAGCCUGCACAGCAUCGGCAAGAUCGGCGGUGCGCAGAACCGCACCUACAGCAAGCUGCUAUGCGGCCUGCUGGCCGAGCGCCUGCGCAUCAGCCCGGAUAGGGUCUACAUCAACUACUAUGACAUGAACGCGGCCAACGUGGGCUGGAACAGCUCCACCUUCGCUUGAGGAGCCGAAGAUCCAGUUAACUACACGGGCCUGUGCCUGGCAGGCCUCGCCUCACUUCCAGCAGUAUUGUGUACGCCCUACCCCCAGCGAUCCCAUGUCCGGGUCUGGAGAAAUAAACGGUUUGGACACCA